AGCCAUUUUGGCCCAGGUAUCUUGCAGAGGGCGCCCCGCUCCGCUUGAGGCACGCAGAGCGGGGUCUUUUUUCCUUUCUUGAAGGUGCCAAUCGCUACAACAAUAUUUUAAUCAUUCGCCAUGUCGGCUUGGUUCGACAGGAGCACUCGUCAUUGGAGUCGUUUCUUGUGCAGGAGGUGCGAGUGGAACGAUGCACUGCGACAUGACUUCGUGUGCGGGACAUUUGCUUUGGCAAUCUCACCAUGUUCAGAGCCAAUUUCGGUUGCUGAUCAUCUCAUCGGGGCCAAGGAGGGCAUGGCCGACCCCGAGAUGAAGAAUCUGCUCAAGGGUCGGAUCGAGGUUUUCCAGAAGCAGUUCAAGUCUGGUGCAACUUCUCCCAAUGGUGCGACCAGCUACCAGAAGACGGACAGCCACUGGAAGGGUUGUAAUUAUAAACGUGAUCAAGUGGUGGCCGAUGUUCCCAGGCUACAGCAGGUGUUGGACACAGCCGCGGCCGAGGAGAAGACGGCGGCGGAGUCUUUCGCUCCGGCUGCUCUCGCCAAGCUGAGAGCCGAGCGCAAUAUGUUGGGAUCCAAAGCGCUUUGCCCCCAUCGGACGGUUUUUACCUAACAGCGAAGACUGAUAGGUUUCUAAUAGGGUCAAAAGAGAGCAUCUGAUGACUCCCCAGGGGGGUCCGGGCGGCAUCCGGGGAGCUGGGUCCGAAUUCGCUUUUCGCAAACAGUCACACACUUCGUGCUCUUCGACCUCCCAGAACUCCAUUCCCGGGCCACAUUCUGAAU